AUGUCCUUGCACAAUACAAACUCCAUCAAAAGAAAAGCUUUGUUGCGCAGAGAACCAGGCAGCCCAGCCCAAAAAGUGCCACGGAAGAUCCUGCAUCCCAGAAGCUGCCCCAUAAUUAUUCAUAACGACCCAUCGCCGGACUCAAUAGAGACUGUUUUUAACCCAGCUUUUGAAGCUGAUAAUUAUUCAGGAAUAAAUGAAGCGGAAGACAGACGCUUCCUUAAUUUAAUCGUCUGCGACGGUGGCAAAAAGCAAACAAACCAACAACCGCAAUUGGCCAAACGCAAGCCUAACUUUCUUUGCACAUUUGUACUCGUACACGUCUGUCAGCCUUUGAAGUUGGUUUCCAAUGAUUGGCCUGUGGUUUCCCUUUUAGCCUUUGCUACCAUCGAUUGGCAAGAUUUAGCUGACUGCACCUCAGCCUUUCAGCGGGAAGCUUCUACAGACGCCGCUCUUCAUCAGAUAGUAAUUUCUAAAAAUGAGAAGUGUGGAUGCUUCAGUGCACCUGCAAAGAAUUUAAAACCAGCGUAUCGCAGCGAAUACCUCAAUAGGUAUUCCCUUGCCCUUAACGGCCGUGACAAUCCAACAUCAGCCGUCCUUUUUUCUGCCUUUGGCAUCAUGUUAGUGAGAGCUUGCUCCCUUCGCUGCCUGCGGUGGCCGGUGGAUUUGCAGAGCCCUUCCUUGCAACCCGAGAAUGACUUUGAUUUCCAGGAGUUUCGAGAUGCCGUGGAUAACUUCUUAUCUGAUCCUUCUCCUCUGAUGGCUCCUCUGCUGGAUUUUCCUUUCCCUGUGGAUAGUGGAAGCCCCCCCAGUCCCUGCCUCCAGAAACCUGUACCAAUCGAUCUGAAUCUAGAGAGUGUCUCAUCCACUGAGCAGUACUGGAAAGAACUGGCAGAUCAAAAUCAAAAGGCGCUGGGGGAUGCACUUGUGGAAAAUAAUCAGCUUCAAGAGACAUUGACCCAAAAGCAAGAAGAAAUUGCUUCUCUUAAGGAGAGAAAUGUCCAGCUAAAAGAAUUAGCCAGCCAAGCCAAACAGCUUGCUUCUGUGCUAGAUAAAUUGAUGCUUCCUCAGAGCAAAGACAGUGCUGACCUUUCCCUCAGCUGUGGCCCUGGCAAGAGAAGCCUUGAGCAGAUGUCAGUUCCUGAGCAUGAGGAGGACAUGGAAGUGAACGAAAUCUUAAGGGAAAUAUCGGAAAAAUGCAAUGCAGCCCUGCAAUCCAUUGAUGAUGACAGAGGCCCGAAACGUCCUCGUGGAGAGAAUGAAGCUGUCCACAUGUAUGGAGCUUUCCAUGGGCUGCAGACGUGCAGCAGUCACAGUUCCCUGGACUUGAGUGGAAGUGAAUUUGAGGAAGGGGUGUCCUUCAAGACGUCCAUCAAAGAGCAUUGUAACAUUAAGACACUGGCCUUUCCACAAGGCAAUGCUUUUACUGUUAGGACAGCCACUGGGGGCUACAAGUUUAGAUGGGUCCCCAGCUGA